CCUGGAGACGCCACACAAGGAGGGGCUGCAAGGAGGAAAGAGCCCCCCUGAGCCAGGAAGGCAGCCGGAGAUCCAGCCGGAGCUCAGAGCUGGUGGAGAAGCCUCUUGGCAGGGAGAAGCCACACAAGUGCUUGGAAUGUGGGAAGGGCUUCAGCCACAGCUCCAACCUGAGGAAACACGAAAGGAUCCACACUGGGGAAAAGCCCUAUGAGUGUGUGGAAUGUGGGAAGAGCUUAAGCUAGAGCUUCCACCUGAGGGAACACCAGAGAAUCCACACUGGGGAAAAGCCCUUUGAGUGUGGGGAAUGUGGGAAGAUCUCUGGUCUGAUCUUCUCUCCAGGAAGAUCUCUGGUCUGAUCCUGCACCAGGUGAUCCACACUGGCAAACAGCCUUAUGAAUGCUUGGAGUGUGGGAAGAGCUUUGGGUGGAGCUAUGCCCUGAGAAGCCACCACUGGCGCAUCCACACUGGGGAGAGGCCCUACGAGUGUCCUGAGUGUGGGAAAAGGUUUCAGUCCAGCUCCAAUCUCCUCGUACAUCAGCAGAUUCACACAGAUGAGAGGCCCUUCCGCUGCCCUGAGUGCGGGAAGGGCUUCAAGUGCAACUCAUACCUCAUCCUGCACCAGCGCAUCCACACUGGGGAGAGGGCCUACGAGUGUCCCCAGUGUGGGAAGAGGUUUCAAAGGAGCUCUGAUCUCCUUGUACAUGAGUGGAUUCACACAGAGGAGAGGCCCUUCCAUGCUGACUGCAGGAAAGGCUUCAAGCACAACUCUAUCCUCAUCAAGCACCGGCACAUCCACACUGGGGAGAGGCCCUACGAGUGUGAGGAGUGUGGGAAGAGUUUCUCCAGCGGUUCUAACUUGACCCAACACCAAUGGAGGUGCCACUAAGGGAAGCCCUGUGAGUGCCCCAAGUGCCGAAAGAGCUUCGUGCACAGCUCCAGCUCCAUUCCUCAUGGGAGGAUCCACACUGGAUGAUCCUCAGUGACCCUCGUUGGGGAGAACCAUGGUGAUCCAUGGUCCUGGUGAUCUGUGUUUGGAAGACACCUGGCUGGGAGGCUCCACAUCUUCCUGGCUCCCAUGGGCACCUGGAUGAAUGCAGGGGCAGGAACAUCCAUUGGGACACAGACCAACAAUGUAAAUUUCUUGGGGACAGUGGAUUUGUCGACUUUCAAUCCCAGAAAAUCUUUUGCGUUCAGUCAUAUUUUCUGGUGGCAUCAAGGAAUACUGAAUGGUCUUGGAGGUUGUUAGGUAAUAUGGAGGGGGAGCAGCACUGGAGACAAAAGCCACUCACCCCGAUGUUCAUGUUGCAAUGGGGCUCAUUUUUUCCCAAGUCCUCUCUUAUAAAGGGCAUUGAAAGAUCCUGUCUGGAUGCCCUCAUUGGUUUGAACUCCACACCCUUAUGGGUCCUGGCCAGUGAGAUGCCUGCAGCCUUGGGAGAUAUGUGAUUGGGCGAGGCCCUUGUCAAUCAUGGUAACAUCUCACCCUUCUUGUCUUUAUAAAUUUUUGUGAAGUGCUCUCUGUCAUCCAUCUGCAAGUGCCCUUUGCAAACAGGGCAACAGAAAACAGCAUGGAUCUAAUUUACACUGGAGCUGCAGCAUUCACUUCCAGAACCUGUUGGGGGAACUCAGGCCACAGGCAUAAUGCUUAUUGGUUACAAAUUACAACUUAUCUCUACAAGCAGAAAGCUAUUUAACCCUUAACACAUUUAACCCUUAGAGAAAAACCCAACUAUUAAAAAACAAGCUGUAACCCCGUUAUCCCUUGGAGAAAAAAACAAUUCCCAGAAAACAGAAAACAGUUUUUUAAACAGGAAAACAGUUUAUAAACAUGAGAAAAAAUUUGUAAACAAAUCAAGUCCUUAUAUGAACUGUGCAUGAGGUAGGUGAUCAUUUGUGAUGUACUAUUUUGCUGAGGGGACAUAGGGAUACCAUCUGUGAUUUUCAGUGUCCAUUGAAAUAUAUUUUAGGCAGUUGAAUAUCAUAGGGUUAUUGUACUGUUGUAUUAUUUAUUGUAAAACAUGAGAGAACAUGAUACUACUUAAAAUUCAUUGUGGGGGUGUACUUUCCCCCCAACUUUUUUCCCCUUUUUUCUUUGUAUAAUAAAUAAAAAUAGGAAC